CGUUUUCAAUCAAGGAAGUUAACAAAUCCAUGCGUGGACUUUCGCUUUCAUAUAGAUCAAAUUGCCAGUGUGUGACAAUAUGGCACUUCAGGUGUUAGUUCUGGGGCUAUCGGUUGUCUUCAUUUCCUACACAGAGGCUAUUGAUGUGGAUCCCAAGGGAUACAUACUGUAUUGUCCCUGUAUGGGUAGAUUUGGAAACCAAGCGGAUCACUUCCUGGGUUCACUGGGAUUUGCGAAGGCUUUAGACAGGACACUGGUACUACCUCCUUGGGUGGAAUAUCAAUUUCCAAAACCAAGAUCUGUUCAGGUUCCAUUUGACACUUACUUCAAAGUGGAACCUUUAAGGGCCUAUCACAGAGUCAUGACCAUGGAAUCUUUCAUGAAGGAACUAGCCCCUACAAUCUGGCCUCCAAAGGAUCGCACAGUGAUGUGUUACCAGGCACGACAUGGCGCCACCAAAGGAAACAGCUGUAAUGCCAAAGAUGGAAACCCCUUCGGUCCGUUCUGGGAUACCUUUAACAUUGACUUCACUAGCUCCAUAUUUUACGGUCCUCUUGGUUAUGAUCUGAUGAAUCUCCAUGAAAUGAAAAGAUGGAGAGACAAGUAUCCUGCAUCACAGUACCCUGUGCUGGCCUUUACAGGUGCUCCGGCCGCCUUUCCUGUCCAAUCAUACAGUGUUCAUCUACACCAGUACCUCAAGUGGUCAACCAAGGUGGAAACCAAGGCGGACAAGUUCAUCAAAGAAAACUUCCCAGAGCGAGCUUUUGUUGCCAUCCACCUGCGUCUAGGCACAGACUUUGUAAAAGCUUGUGAACACAUAAAAGAUAGCCCAAACAUGUUUGCAGCAGCCCAGUGUAUUGGCUAUAAUGGAGAGUAUGGUAAAACAACAAAAGAGAUGUGUUAUCCGUCUGAUGAUACUAUUGUACGCCAAGUCAAAAACGCAGUCAAACGUAUCAAAGCCAAAGGUGUUUUUGUCGCUACUGAUAGCCGUGACCUCAUUGAGAAAAUGUCCAAGGCUAUGAAAAAUGUAAAAUUUGCCAAGCUGUCGGAGAAAAACCCACAUGUAGACUUGGCAAUUCUGGGAAAAGCUGACCACUUUAUAGGAAACUGUAUAUCUACCUUUUCUGGUUUUGUCAAACGUGAAAGAGAUUAUAACAACAAAUCAUCAGAAUUUUGGGCAUUUAAAAAGAAAUCUCACGAUGAGUUGUGAUAAGUAUCCCACAUGUUUAAAAAAUAUUUAUAAAUACAGCUAGGUUUAUCCAUAAAAUAUGUAUUUCCGAAAUGUACAUUAUUCUAUUUUUAUACAACUUUACAAUAAAGAUGCUUUAUUUUAAUUACAUGUAGUUACAAAUGUAUGUAAAGAAGUUAUGUGUGCAUGUAGUUAUUAAAUCUAAUAACUUUACAAUAAAGAUGCUUUAUUUUAAUUACAUGUAAUUACAAAUGUAUGUAAAGAAGCUAUGUGUGCAUGUAGUUAUUAAAUCUAAUAACUUUACAAUAAAGAUGCUUUAUUUUAAUUACAUGUAGUUACAAAUGUAUGUAAAGAAGCUAUGUGUGCAUGUAGUUAUUAAAUCUAAUAAAAGACACCUUUUUUACUGUAAUAUAAUAAUUUGAAUUGAGAUUACUAUUUAUUGGAUUCUGUAAGCGAAACUUUCUAUUAUAUUGUUGCAGAUUUAGGUUUAUAUACCUGAAGGCAACUUCAAUAAGAUAGAAAAAGAAAUGAGGGAAGGCUCGCAAAGAUAUACCUCCCAGAUUAUAUAAGUGUUCAUCUUGAACUUAUGUAGGAAAAUUCAGAUUUGUUCAUUCACUCUGUCAUCGGAAGUAUUAAAGGUAUUAAUGAUUUCUCAGUCAAUGUCUUUUGGUAUUCAUUAUUACUAUGAAUAUAAACAAUAUCAUCAGAUAACAAGAACAAAACUCAAAAGAGAAUGUCAAUAUUUGUUAUUUCACACCUUUUCAAAGUGGCAAAACAUUUUAAUGCAAUUAGGAACUAAAGUAACUGUGAGGACAUUUAAGCCCUGAUUCAUCAUUACGUAUACAUGAACACUGACCUUGCAGAUGGUGUCUCCCUAGGUACCUGUCUGCAUAUGUCCCUGGCUGUUGUGUCUCCCUAGGUACAUGUCUGCAUAUGUCCCUGGCUGUUGUGUCUCCCUAGGUACCUCUCUGCAUAUGUCCCUGGCUGUUGUGUCUCCCUAUGUACCUGUCUUCAUAUGUCCCUGACUGUUGUGUCUCCCUAGGCAUCAAUCAUCAUAUGUCCCUGGCUGUUGUGUCUCCCUAUGUACCUGUCUUCAUAUGACCCCGGCUGUUGUGUCUCCCUAGGUACCUGCCUUCAUAUGUCCCUGGCUGUUGUUUCUCCCUACGCACCAAUCGUCAUAUGUCCCUGGCAGUUGCGUCUCCCUAGGUACCUGUCCUAAUAUGACCCUGGCUGUUGCGAGGACAUUUUAACCCCAAACAAACAGAAUGAGGGUGCAUGCCAAUUUGGGCCUUCUGGUGGUUUUCACCUUCCGUAGAUAUGUUUUUGAGUUGUGCCGUCAUGAUAUACGGUAAGCAUGAACUCUAAUUCAGUCAGCUUGCAAUUGGAGCCCAUUCCGAUUUAUAUGAUAUAUAUGAGGUGGUGAAGUUUUUUGGGAGUGAAGUAAUAAAUGACCUGUUUUGUCAAAACUAAUGUUAAUUUUGGAACCGUCCUCAUAAUCUUAAAGUAUUGUGUAACACUUCUGCUGUGUAUAGAAAUGAUAAAACCACCUUACACACGUAAACACGUAGUUGGUACGUAGGUCGCAGUGACCUAGAUCAGAUUUAUUAGUACUGCUACAACAAUAUGCUUCAUUUCGUUUAAUCAAAUCUAGUUGCCCGACCAACACAUUAUCCAAACUUCUUAGUAUCAAUACAGUCAUAUCGUGACUGUAUACUGGCGAACUUGUGAAAAUGUGUAUUUUGGAGAAUCAAACCUGUAAUCUUGUUAUCAAUCAUUUUAUCAAUCUUGAACAUUUUCUCCUCGAAAAGUUUUUUCUAUAAGAACUGUUUACUUUUAAGACUGUACGGUCAACCAUACCUCAUACCAAACUGAAGAACGUCGACUUCGUUCUCGCAUUGGGAGAUAUUUCUUGUCGUCAAGGGGGGAGGGGGGUCCAUGUGGGGCCAAAUUCAGGAAAAUGGUGAAAAUGCAUGAUUUUAAAGAAAUUAUUCAGGAUGGGGGUUCCUUGAAGCCCAAAAAAACCCACUGGAUCCGCCACUGCAUCUUAUUUCAGUUUGGCCUUUGUGCAUUUCAUAAAAUAUGCUCCAAAAUAAUAUACAGCCAUAUAUUCAUAUCGACGUUCGCCUUUUUGAAAAAGAAAAUGUCCACAAUAAGAGAAUGAAGACGUUCCUUCACCUUGGUACGAGGUAAAAUGUAUGGUAAUGUAAAGAGUCGGUCGAUAGUUUUGAUAAAAAAAAAAAUACUUUUGAGAAGAGGAUGUUAAAAUCCUAUUUUUGAGAAGAGGAUGUAAAAACAAGUUCUAAAUUCAUCAAAAUCCGCUUUCUGUUUACUCCACUUAAUGAGUACACCGUGUCAUAAUAUGACUGUAACACUGAUUUGAUGGGGUACCAAGAAUUCUAAUUUUAAAAAGUGUUUCUUUUGUUUUUUAAAGUAAAAAUCAAACUGAACCUACUUUCACCAUACUUGGACAGUACAUUUUAUACCUAGCGCAAUGUGCUGUGUGUGAUAUUUACCGACAGUUUUCCCAUCAUAAAUGUUUAGUUUUUGUGUUUUCUGAUUCUCAAAAUAAUUGUGUUGAUGCUCAAAGAAGGGACAAAAUUCUGUAAAAUUCAAUCGAUCUCACUUGAUAGAUUUUAUAUAGAAUCGAUUUCAAGAUACCACUGAUAAAAGCAUGCUAUUUCAUAGUAUUGUGAGUAUGCAAAAUAGUGACGUAAUAAAAUAUUGGAUUUAC